AUGAAUGAUGUUAUCAUUAAUGGGUUGGAAACCAGGCCCCGGUCAUACACCAGGGCGGCGGUGCCAAAUGGAGAGCCCACUGAGCAAGACCUUUACUCCCUGGAGCAACAGGUGAUCACAUUCUUUGACAGCAAAGGCAUAGCCAUGAACAGUAAGGACACUGAGGCGUGUCAUCCCCUUCCCCGGAAGAAUUUCAAUAGUGUGGAUGAGAGGGAGGUAAGGAAGAUGUUGAAGGCCCUUCCUGAACACAGCUCAGUGGGUUCUGACAUGCUAGAUAGUAAGGUGCUUGGUCUGGCAGCUGACUAUAUCUAUGGAGUGAGUCCCAUCCACAACGGCCAGGUUUGCAGUACGUGGGGCAACUACCACUACAAGACCUUUGAUGGAGACGUUUUCCAGCUGCGCUCAACCUGCAACUACGUCCUGACCUCCUCAUGCAGGAGCAGCUACAAGGACUUCAACAUCCAGAUCAGAAGUGAGGAGGCUGACGGCCAUCGCAUCAUCAAAAACAUCAUCAUGAAGCUGGAGGGGUCGGUGGUGGAGCUCUCUGAUGACUCAGUGGUCAUUGAUGGUGAAACAGCCAUCCUACCAUUCAGUAAAGCAGGAAUGCUCAUUGAGAAAACUCCCACCUACAUCAAAAUCAAAGCGAAGCUGGGAUUAGUUGCCAUCUGGAAUAUGGAAGACUCUUUUCUGGUGGAGCUAGAUUUGAAGUAUAAGAACCAAACCUGUGGUCUUUGCGGAGACUUUAAUGGGGUCCAGCUCUACAAUGAGUUCUUCAGCCACGGUGUGAAGAUUACCCCCCAGGAUUUUGCUAACUUCUGGAAAAUGGAUGGUCCGACUGAAAGCUGCUCUGACUUCACACAGGAAUCAACGAUGAGCUGCAACAACAUGAAACCUCUGUGUGAGCAGAUCCUCACAUCGCCGGCCUUCAACAGCUGUCACAGUGUCCUGGACGUCUCCUCCUUCACAUCCGCCUGUAUUUCUGACCUCUGUCACUGUGGCAGCAGUGGCGUAGAACCGAUCGAGCCCCUCUGCCUGUGUCACACUGUGUCAGAGUUCUCCAGACAGUGCAGCCAUGCUGGUGGCAGACCCCUCAACUGGAGAACCAAGGAGCUCUGCUGGAAAUCGUGUUCUCACCAAAUGGAGUACAGAGAGUGUGGGAGUCCUUGUGCUGAUACCUGCUCCAACCCAGAGGCCAGCCACACCUGUGACAACCACUGUAUCGACGGCUGCUUCUGCCCUGCAGGCACCGUGCUGGAUGACUUGGGCGGAAUGGGUUGUGUCCCACUGAGCAAGUGUUCCUGCAGCUACAACAGCAGGAUCUAUGGACCAGGGGAGUCCUACUACAGUAACUGCAAAAAAUGUGUGUGUGAGAGCGGCCAGUGGAAGUGUACAGAGGAAAGCUGUCACGGAAGCUGCGCCGUGGAGGGAGGAGCUCAUGUCAACACCUUCGAUGGAAAAUUCUACAUCUUCCAUGGGGACUGUUCCUACGUCCUGGCUAAGGACUGCAGUGGAUCCCAGUUUGUGGUGCAGGGAGAACUGGUGCAGUGUGGACUGACUGAAAGUGAAACCUGCCUCAAGACUGUGACUUUGGGUUUGUCUGGAGGGGCUAAUGUGAUCACAAUCCAUCCCAACGGAAAGGUUUUUGUGAACGGCAUCUUCGCCCAGUUACCCUUCUCCGCUGCUGGGAUCUCCGCCUUCAGAGCGUCCUCUUUCUACCUGCUGGUGCAGACGUCUGUUGGAGUUCUGUUGGAGGUGCAGCUGCAGCCAAUCAUGCAGCUCUACAUCACAGUGACCAGUGAAUACAAGGCCAAGACCUGUGGUCUGUGUGGGAACUUCAACAGCAACCAAGCCGACGACUUCCUGAAGCUCAGCGGUGUUCCAGAUGCCACAGCAACUGGAUUUGUCAACAGCUGGAAGACUCAUGCCAGUUGCCCAGAUGUGAAGAGCAACUUUGAGAACCCCUGCAGCCUCAGUCUGGAUAACGAGAAAUACGCCAAGCACUGGUGCUCCAUGCUGAGUGACCCUCAGGGGGUGUUUGCCUCCUGUCACUCAGAGAUCAGCCCUGACUCGUACAGUGAGAACUGCAUGUAUGACAGCUGUAACUGUGAGAAAAGUGAGGACUGCAUGUGUGCUGCGGUGUCCUCAUACGUCCACGCCUGUGCAGCUGCAGGGAUCCAGAUCAGCGGCUGGAGGAAGGUCAUCUGUGGGAAAUACGCCAGCUCCUGCCCCAGCAGCAUGGUCUACUCCUACAACAUCACAUCCAGCAGUCAGACCUGCCGUUGCAUCAGCUCCGAACAUCUCAGCUGCCACUUCUCCUUCCCGCCCAUCGAUGGCUGUGUCUGCGCAGAGGAAACCUAUCUGGACGACUCCGGGAAGUGUGUCCCUGCUAAGGCUUGUCCCUGUUAUGACAAAGGCUCUGUGGUGCCUCCUGGACAGGUCGUCAGCAAGGACGGGCUCAUGUGCACCUGUAAGGGGGGCAAACUCAAAUGCAUUGGAGAGAUUGUUGAACAGCCAUCAGCCUGUGUUGCUCCCAUGGUGUACUACAACUGCUCUGCUCAGGGCCCAGGAGCAAAAGGAACUGAGUGUGAAAAGAGCUGCAACACAUUAGACAUGACCUGUGUGACCACAGGGUGCGUCUCCGGCUGUAUGUGUCCCUCUGACUUGGUGUCUGAUGGUAAAGGAGGCUGCAUCAAGCCAGAAGCCUGUUUCUGUGUUCACAACGGCAUCUCGUACCAGCAUGGAGAGACCACCAAGGUGGACUGCAACACCUGCACCUGUAAAGGCAUUAAGUGGGAGUGCACCACCAACCAGUGUGAUGGAACCUGCUCUGUCUACGGUGCCGGACACUACAUGACUUUUGAUCGGAAGCGCUUCACCUUCGAUGGCACCUGUGAAUACAUUCUCACUCAGGACUACUGUGGCAGCGCUGAGAGUAAUGGAACAUUCAGAGUGAUCACUGAGAAUGUCCCGUGUGGAACCACAGGAACCACCUGCUCCAAAACCAUCAAGAUCUUUCUGGGGAGCGCAGAGCUGAUUCUAACAGAGGGAAGCUAUCAGGUGAUUUCAAGCGGAAAUGAAGAGACAGUUCCGUUCCGUUUCAGCACUAUGGGCAUCUACCUGGUGGUUGAAGCCAACAAUGGACUCAUUCUCAUGUGGGACAGGAAGACCAGCUUGUUCAUCAAGCUCAGCUCGAAAUACAAGGGUCGUGUGUGUGGGCUGUGUGGCAACUACGACGGCAAUGCAAAUAAUGACUUCACCACAAGGUCCCAUGCUGUGGUGGUCAACCCCCUGGUGUUUGGAAACAGCUGGAAGGAUUUACCGAGCUGCCCCGACGCUAAGAGCAUCAGCAGCCCCUGCACAGCCAACCCAUACAGACAGGCGUGGGCCCAGAAGCACUGCGGCAUCAUACAGAGUGACGUCUUCUCUGCCUGCCACUCCAUUGUGGAUCCUGCUCCAUACUACGAUGCCUGUGCGUUUGACUCCUGUGCUUGUGACACUGGUGGAGACUGUGAGUGUUUCUGCACUGCUGUGGCUGCUUAUGCUGAAGCCUGUAAUCAAGCUGGCAUCUGUGUACGAUGGAGAACCCCAAAGAUCUGUCCUCUCUUCUGUGAUUACUACAAUCCUCCGGGUGAAUGUGAAUGGCACUACAUGCCAUGUGGAUCUCCGUGUAUGAAAACCUGCAGAAACCCAUCAGGCAGCUGCUCCUCACUGAUGCCUCCUCUAGAAGGUUGCUAUCCAAAAUGUCCCCUUGCUCAGCCAUACUUUGAUGAGGACACAAUGACAUGUGUUGUAAAGGACCAAUGUGGCUGCUACGAUAAAGAGGGGAAACACUACAAAAAUAAUGAAAAAGUACCAACCACCGAAAACUGUCAGACAUGUAUUUGCGGUUCAAUGAACAUCCAGUGCCAUUACGAUGCCCAAGCCUGUACUUGCACAUAUCAUGGAAACAGAUAUCCCACUGGCAGCACCAUCUAUAACACAACAGAUGGACACGGUAACUGCAUCAUUGCGGUGUGCGGGAAGAAUGGUACCAUUGACAAGAGGUCAUACCCAUGCCCAGUACCCACGACACCUACCAGCCCUCCAACCACCUUUGUUUUUACAACAACCACACCAAAGCCACCCACACGCCCAGUCACAUGUAAUCCUUGUCAAUGGUCGCAAUGGUAUGAUACCAGCUUCCCCACACUGGGACCUCAAGGAGGAGACAGUGAAACCUUUAAAAAAAUUAGAGAGGCAGGGUACAAGAUAUGUAACAAGCCAGUCCAGAUUGAAUGCAGAGCUGAGAAAUACCCGAAAAUGCCCAUUAAUGAUGUUGGACAAGUAGUGGAAUGUAGUCUGGCUAGUGGGCUGACAUGCAGAAAUCAGAACCAAUCAGGACCACUGGCCUUGUGCUUCAACUAUAAAAUCAGAGUUAUGUGUUGUGACGAUGGUGCAUGUCAAACAAAACCUCCUUCUACGUUACCUCCAAGUUCAACCACCAAACCCCCAACGCCUACAACAACCAAACAUGUUACCGAACCACAUUGUCAGGAAAAAUCAUGCAACUGGUCAAAGUGGAUUAGUUCUGACUACCCUGAGUAUGGUCCUGAAGGCGGUGACAAUGAAACCAUCGCACAUAUCAUCCAGAAAGGAUAUAAAAUCUGUGAGAAUCCAGUGGAAGUGGAAUGCCAGGGUGUGCACUAUCCUGGGGUUCCCCUAAAAACCUUGGACCAAAAAGUGACAUGUAACAACAAAGUAGGAUUCCUCUGUAGGAACAGCUUACAGUAUCCCCCCAUAUGUCUAAAUUAUGAAAUACGGGUAAAGUGUUGCAAGACAGUGCCAUGUAGCACAACAUCAAAACCUACUACACUACCUUCUACUACAACCACCACACCAUCUACCACAACUGAAACGACAACUAUGUCACCAAAGACUACCACAACCACUACACCUUCUACCACAACUGAAACAACUACUACUCCACCACCCAUGACUACCACAACCACUACGCCUUCUACCACAACUGAAACGACAACUACGUCACCAACAACUACCACAACCACCACAACUGAAAUGACAACUACGCCACCAAAGACUACCACAACCACUACACCUUCUACCACAACUGAAACAACUACAACUCCUCCACCCACAACUACCACAACCACCACACCUUCUACCACGACUGAAACAACCACAACUACGCCACCAACGACUACCACAACCACUACACCUUCUACCACAACUGAAACAACUACAACUCCACCACCAACGACUAGUACAACCACCACACCUUCUACCACGACUGAAACAACCACAACUACGCCACCAAGCCCUGAUGGUGGAUAUGAUAAAUCCAUCCACAGCAUAAGUUCCUCUGGUCAUGGAUGCCCGGCUCCUGAUGAAGUCCAGUGUAGAGCUGUUAUGUACGAAAAAUUACCCAUGUCACAGUUGGGUCAAAAUGUGACUUGCAACAAAGAUGUUGGUCUCAAAUGCAUCAACAAACAACAAGGGCAGAACCAACAGUGUUUUGAGUAUGAGAUUAAAUUUAAAUGCUGUGCGUGUCCAACGCGAACUCCUUCCACUACAGUUCCAACUACAACAACUACAACGACCACACCAUCUACCACAACUGAAACAACUACAAGCACCACACCAACUCCAACAACCUCAACAACUACUACAACCACCACACCUUCUACCACAACUGAAACAACAACUCAACCUCCCACAACUACUACAACUACGCCUUCUACCACAACUACAACUCGGCCACCUACAACUACACCUUGCCCUGGAGGACAUGAUAUGACAUGUGGCUGGACUGAUUGGAUCAAUCUUGGCAAGCCCACACCUGGCCCUGAUGGUGGAUAUGAUAAAACCAUCCACAGCAUAAGUUCCUCUGGUCAUGGAUGCCCGGCUCCUGAAGAAGUCAAGUGUAGAGCUGUUUCUCAACCAAAUGUUUCCAUUUCACAGUUGGGUCAAUCUGUGACUUGCAAAAAAGAUGUUGGUUUUAUCUGCAUCAACAAAGACCAAGGCCUUCAGCGACAGUGUUUGGAUUAUGAGAUUAAAUUCAAAUGCUGUGGGUGUCCACCAACUCCUUCCACUACAGCUCCAAGUCCAACUACUUCAACAACUACAACGACCACACCAUCUACCACAACUGAAACAACAACUACAACUCGACCACCUACAACUACUAUUACAAUCACGACAACUUCUACCACAACUGAAGAACCAGUAGUGACAGGAGGAACCAGCCAACCAUCUACUGGGAGACUUUGCCAUUGUAUUCAUAAUGGUAUAGUCUUCCCUCCUGGCUCUUUCGUCUACAAUGAGACAGACGAAGAUGGCUACUGUUACACAGGAUACUGCAAUCACAACUGCGUCGUUGAACCUAGACACCACAAAUGUCCUGUAGGGAUAGGGUGUUCUUAUCUAACACCUCCACGACAGGAUGGUGAAAGCUGGAAAGAGAAAGACUGUCGUGUAGGAACAUGUGUUAAUGGCAAUGUGACCCAUACACCGCUCGUUUGUCCAACUCCAAAGCCUGUAGUGUGUGCAAAUAACUUCGCUCCUGUAAAAGUGUACGAUGAUGAUGGAUGCUGCUACCACUAUGAAUGCCAAUGUAUCUGCUACGGCUGGGGAGACCCUCAUUAUGUCACCUUCGAUGGAACCUACUAUGGUUUUCAAGGCAACUGUUCCUACUGGCUGGUGAAAGAGAUCGACCCCAAAUACAACUUCAGUGUUUCCAUCUAUAACCAAUACUGUGGUGCAGCUGACGGCUUGUCCUGUCCUAAGGCCAUCACUGUCUUUUACCAAAACUUCAGGAUCUUUAUCACACAGAGGCAUAUCAAUAGCACUUUCAUAAAUGAGAUUACUGUGAAUGACAAGCGUGUAAGUCCUGCAUACCAGAAUGCUGACUUCCGUAUAGCCACCACCGGUAUUGACACAGUGCUCGUCAUCCCUAAAAUCGGAGCCAGGAUCACCUUCUCAGGCCUCAUAUUCAGCAUCUCCUUGCCCUACAGCAAAUUCAGCGGCAACACCUGGGGACAGUGUGGCACAUGUGACAACAACCGUACAGACGACUGCAUGUUGCCCAGUGGCAAAAUUGAUCCUUCAUGUCCCGGUAUGGCACACGAGUGGCACGAUGGUGGCUGUGAAGUCGUUCACCCAACACCAACACCAACACCAGCACCAUCACCUACACCUACUCCCUGUGAUACAACCAUCUGUGAUAUCAUCAAAAGCAGUGUCUUUGAAGAGUGCCACAAGCUCAUUGGCUACAGUCCAUUCAUCAAGGCCUGUGAGUCGGACAUUUGCCACAUGCACAUCAAGCACAUCGGCUGCACCAGCUUACAAAUGUAUGCUGACUCCUGUGCUGAAGCUGGAGUGUGUGUCGACUGGAGGAGUGCCACCAAAGGACUCUGCAAUUAUACCUGUGCGAGUCCCAAAGUGUAUCAGGCCUGUGGCCCUCUGGUGGAGAACACCUGUGAUUCUUGGUACAACCAGAAGUUCAUCAAUACUGUCAAUCAGUUCAGUGUCAUGCUGAAUAUGAAACUGGAGGGUUGCUACUGCCCGCCGGGCACCUACCUCCUCUCUUCCAGCUCCAAUGAAUGUGUGCCCACCUGUGAAAUUUGUCGGCUGCCAAAUGGAAAAUGGAAAAAGGCCAACUCAACAUGGACAGAAGGCUGUAACGAGUGUAUAUGUGAUGAGGACACACUGCAGUCCAUCUGCCGUCCUAUGUCCUGUCCAGCACUGCCGCCUCUCAGCUGUGACCACGAGGGUCAGGUCAAGGUCAUUGAAACUGAUGGCUGCUGUAAGAAGGAGAAGUGCGAGUGUGAUGGGAGGCUCUGCCCUGCUGCGCCGUCCUGUCCUCCUGGUUUUGAGCUGAUCACCACUCAGGGAGUCUGCUGUCACAUCACCUCCUGCCGGGUUAAGGAUGUGUGUGUUUCUAACAACAAGGAAUAUCAGGUUGGAGACGUGAUACCCAUGAAGCCAUGCGAAAAGUGCGUUUGUGGCCCCAACAAAGACCCCAGCACCCAUCUGCACAUAGCAGUGUGUCAGUCUUUACCAUGUGACACCUUCUGCCCUGUGGGUUUUAAGUACGAGACCAUCCCUGGACAGUGCUGUGGGACGUGUAUCCAGAAGAACUGCACUGUCGUGCCGCCAAACUCAAACAUCACACACUCAAUAAAGCCUGACACCAUCUGGACUCCUCCUGGAAAGCCCUGUCUGAGGUACGAGUGUGUGAAGAUUGGUAAUCAGUUCAUCACCAUCGAGUCCAAGACCGUCUGUCCUCCCUUCGAUACUAAAGAAUGCAUACCGGGAACAGAGACCGUAGCUCCAGACGGAUGCUGUCAUGUCUGUAUUCCGAAGGGUCAGCCGUGCAGUGUGUCCACUACGACUGUUCAACUGGAGAACCAGGGCUGCCUGUCUAAGGACCUGAUCAAUGUCACAAGCUGUAAUGGAGCAUGCGGCACCUUCACCUUCUUCUCAGCCAAAGCCAGGUCGUUGCAGCACACCUGCUCCUGCUGCCAGGAGGUGGCCACAUCGGAGCGGCAGGUCCAGCUCACCUGCUCUGACAGCUCAGAGAUCACCUUCACCUACACCCACAUCGACUCCUGCGCAUGCCUCAAGACAGACUGCUAUGUGACUGGCCGCAGCGAAAAGGCAGCCGCUCCCAAGUCCAGUCGAAGCAGGAGAUAAGGCGAGAACCAGGAAACACUUAAUAAUGUAAUGAGCGUGCAUUUAUAGGACCGUAACUCAACAGUCAGAAAUGAAUCAGUGUCAUCUGCAUACAUAAUUCCUCUAUUUAUGUCUGAUGUAUUAGAGCACGUAGUUUAAGCUUGGUAAGAUUUAAACCUUCAAAGAUCUGAUUAAUAAAGAUCAUACUGCUGCAA